AAAUUUAUAUCAGAUAAAGUGUAUUGCAUAUUGUAAAUAAAAUAUUAAAAAGUGUUAAAAUCUCUUGCUAUCUUUAAUGUAUUUUUGCACUAUGUUUAAUAUGUUAAAAUUGGUAUCAUCUGAAAGAUCGGGGUUACCAUAUAAGAUUAGGUUAAUUGUAAUAUUGUGUUUGAGGUGGUGUAAAUUAUUUUGGAGAAUUGUUCUUUGGGCAGAGUAGGCUGGACAUAUGAAAAAAUAAUGGUAGUUAUCUUCGUCUGUAGCAUUACAUCUAGGGCACACCUUUGUUUCACUAAUAAAAUGAUAGAAUAAAUGGUUAUUUAAUUUACUAGCUUUAUUUCUUAAUUGGCAAUGGAUACUAUUUUCUUUUCUAUUUCCAAUAUUAUAAUAUAAUGGUGGUCUAGGUAAUGGGUAUACACGUGAAAGGCCCAAUUUAAAUGUGCUUAACGUUUGUGAAGUUUUAAUGUUUUCCGGUAAAUUGUUCCAUAGUUUUAUUGUGCAGGGAAAUGUUUUUUUAAUAUUUUAUGGGGCGGUGCUGGAUGGGUUGUGGCUAGUGUUACCUUAGUUCUAUUAACUCGAUGUCGCCAAACAAAGUUUGCCAUGCAUUUUAUUUCUAAAGUGUUCAUCAAGCAGGGACUUGCCUUUUGGUAAUAAACAGGUUUUAUUAUGUAUAAAUUCAAGGAUAUUUCAGAUUUGAUCGUGGGGAGGCAGGCGAAUGGUUAACGUAUGCAAUGAGUCAAGCGGCAUGGUAUUGAUCCCCCACUUGUACGUGACAAGGUGUAGUAUUGCAUGUCCAACCUCGUGAGUUUUCUUCGCCCCCCCCCCCACACACACUGUUAAAGACAGUCAACGAAUUAUUGAAAUGAAAUACCCCCCCCCUCUCUCUCUCUCACUCGUUGAAAUAUACACGUAUUUAAAGAUACAUUAUGUAAGAUAUGAUUGGUUGUAAUGGAAGGUCGCGUCCGGGGUUGUACGAGCGGCCAAAAAUAUGAUAAUUGUUCUUUUCGUUUAGGUAAGAAAGCUGGCGAAGUUUUCCGGAACAAUGAUAUCUUAAAGAAUCCUGUGGCUGGUUUAAUGAUGGGUGUGUUGGUCACUGUUUUAGUACAGAGUUCCUCCACAUCAACAUCUAUUAUCAUCAGCAUGGUCGGUGCUGGGAUUUUACCCAUCAAAUCUUCUAUACCAAUUAUCAUGGGAGCCAAUAUCGGUACAUCAGUCACCAAUACUAUAGUAGCACUUGGUCAGAUCACCAACAAGAAUGAUUUCAGACGAGCUUUUGCCGGGGCCACCGUACAUGAUAUGUUUAAUUGGCUAGCUGUUAUUGUCUUAUUACCUCUAGAAAUAAUAACUGGAUACUUAUUCCAUUUAAGUAAAGCGAUAAUAAGCUUGAACCCGGAGACAAAUAAAGCUGCGAAAAAAGAUUUAUUGAAAGUUAUAACCAAACCCUUUACUGAGCUGAUCAUACAGGUGGACAGUAAAGGUAUUAAUAAAAUCGCUACGAACACACACGACGUCGAUGCAGUCAAGUUGAUGAAAUCGUGUUGUGAUAAGACAAAGCCGGAAGCCUGUUGUUUGGACGAUUUUAAGUCCACUAUUGCUCAAAAUACGACAUCAAUGAGGACGCAGUUCUGUGAUACGAUGCAAGCCAACUGUUUCAAACCACCGAUGAACACUUCUACUGACAACUGCCUUAAAUCCUGGGUUGACUCAUCUAACGCCAAUGAAACUGACAAAUUUAAUUGUAAGGCGUUUACAACAAACUACACAACCACCUGUUACAAGCCAUGUGAAUACGCCUUUAAAGGGUUAGACGAACAUAUUGGCGAAGAGGGGGUGGGCGCCAUCUUGUUAGUGAUAGCCCUGGCCAUCCUUUGUAUCUGCCUGGUAGUUAUCGUAAAAAUGCUUCAUCAGUUACUGCGAGGACAACUAGAAGUGCUAAUUAAAAAGUUCAUCAACGCCGAAUUCCCGGGUAAAAUGGCCUAUUUCACGGGUUACAUCGCCAUUUUGUUGGGAGCUGGUUUAACCAUCCUGGUGCAGAGCAGCUCUAUCUUCACCUCCACACUAACACCCUUGGUCGGCAUGGGAGUCAUUGAAAUUGAUCGAAUGUAUCCGUUGACUCUUGGUGCCAACAUUGGAACCACUACUACUGGUAUCUUAUCGGCUCUAGCCCAAGAUUCGGACACCAUCAAUGAUUCCUUGCAGGUGGCUUUGUGUCAUUUGUUCUUCAACAUCAGUGGAAUCCUGAUAUUCUACCCCUUCCCAUUCUUCAGACCACCGAUUCCUUUAGCCAAAUUCCUUGGAAACCAAACGGCUAAAUAUCGAUGGUUCGCUAUCGUCUAUAUUUUCUGCAUGUUUUUCAUCUUCCCAGCUCUGAUUUUUGCGCUCUCUGUUCCUGGGUGGUACGUGCUGGCCGGUGUCAUGAUUCCAAUCGUUGUAUUUUGCAUCAUUGUUGCUUUUAUAAAUUGUUUACAACGAAAGAGAAGAGGGUGCUUACCACCUGUUCUCAGAAACUGGUAUUUCUUACCAGAACCUUUGAGAUCUUUAAGACCAAUAGAUAGAUGUUUCACCAAAUGUAAAUGUUGUCGUCAAAAAGAUGAUGUUGAUGAUGGCGACAAACCCGCUAUUCAAAUGGACCACAAUGGUCACAGUAAUGGGAAGGUGGGUGAAGAUAACCAAGGCUAUGUAAUAAAUACCCAUCUGUAAGGGGAAUACUAUGGGGUUGGUGUCUUCCAUAAAAUACGUCUCCCAUGACAAAACAAGAUGGUGGGCAUAACCGAAAUACAUUUAAGAGAAACGUAAAUUCAUUGGUCUUAUAAAUUAUUGGUUUAACAAUGUUAUGUAAACGUAGGUUUGGCGGGUACCAAAUCAUGACGUCAAUCAAGGGUAUCAUUUGAAGAUGCAUUAUCUUAGAUUUUGAUAAAAAAAAAAGGCUGGUCGUUCGAGCUACAAUAGUUAAAAAAUAGAUAAUAGAAAUAGAUUUAUUGACAAUUUCAGUCAAAUUACUUUAUUCUUAGCAAAAUUAUAAGACACGAUUGUCCAGUACUAGUGCUGCGAUAAUAAACAAAGUCCCGAUUAUCUAUUUUAAGACCUUACAUAACGCAUCUUUAAGUGAUUUACAAUAUAAAUAGAUGUAAUAUAAUUAUAUUUUUACUGUGAAUUUAAUAUAUUGUAAUAUAUACCCAUUUUAUACAUGUUUUAAAAAUAUAAACUUACAUUGUACCCAUUACAAGUCCGCCGAAAUUUGAUAUAAACAUAUUACCCUUUAAACUGCCAGUUUCUACCGUCCAUUAUCCAAACUGUAUGCUUUGAGAAACUGUCUUAAAUAUGAAUAAGAACAGUAGGACGUUAAACCCCAUUUCAUUUCUUAAAUAUGAAUAAACCGCCUCCCCCUGACUGCUUUUUAUCCAGCGCCGAACGAAGGUAGGGAGGAUAUUAAAAUGGGCCCCGUCCGUCCCGAUUUCGUGUCCAGAGCAUAUCUCAUAAACCGUUGAAGAUAUAAUUUUGAAACUUUGUACACACAUCAACCUAUUACAGCAGUUGUGACUUUUGCUAUUUAGGAAUUUCUUGGAUUUGUAUUCUUUGUGUUUCAAUGGAACCAAAUUUGACUUAGUGUUUGGUGUACACUUGUGGGCAUAAACCAUUAAGCUAUCUUCAUGAAACUUUGCACAGACAAAGUAGCCUUUUGCUAAUUAGAAAUUUCUCGGAUUUUGGUGUUUUCAUGGAAACAAAUUUUGCCGUUGAAUGAUUUCUGAAUUUUUAUUACACAUUUGACGUAGUUUUUGGUAUAUGAUUAUUAUUCUAGAGCACAUCCCUGAACUGUUCCAAGAUAACUUUAUAACACUUUUACAUUCAUCAACCUAUUAUUUUAUUUUCUGAUGACCGUCCUUCCGACCCGAUUUCGUUUCCGGAGUAUAUUUCAUUAUCCGUUCAAGAAAUCUUUUUGAAACUUUAUACAAACAUCAACCUAUUAUAGCAUUUUAUGUUCUGGUAUGUAAGCUUAAUGUUUAACAUACAGCGGCUGAUUGGGGUAGGCAAAGGUUGUUGUGCAAACAUUACAGUGAGUAGCGACCCAGCCUUGCCGAACUACUGUGAUCAGAGUAUGAAUCUUCUGACUAGUUCCAUUAAUAUUCCACGAUGUUGUUUUUCCUUAUGCCUUCCAAACAAAUGCAAGGGCGCGGAUUGAUGAUGACUAGUCAACUUGUUUUCUUCAAUUUUGUGAUUUUCAAAAUAAGGCCGAUAUGGCAAUGGAAAAUAAAUUCCCUCUUGUUACAAGAUCUGAUUUAAUGAACUUUGCUCACAAUUCGCUCCAGACAAAAGCUACUGGUUUAUUUACCAUUUGUAAAUAUGUAAUAUAAUAUGUGAUUUUAAUAUUAUACAUUUUAAUAUAUCAUUAUUUUUAUACUGUUAUAAAGCCGUUGAUCGCCACGUGCUUUUCCAGAUAUCAUUUUUCACCGUCUUCACGCUAAAUAUGCACGCGUAUUAAUUAUUUGUCAUUUAAUUAUGAAAAGAAAUCUAACAUAUGAACGUUAUUGAAUUCAGUCGAAGUGAAUAGGGUACCAGCAAAAGGAAUUUACUCGACAUUUGGUUCUGUUUAGUUUAAAUUGUCUGUAGGGGAUGCCGAGUGUUGUGGAAUAUAUACGACACUUGGUUCUGUAUUGUUUAAAUUAUCUGUAGGGGAUGCCGAGUGUUGUGGAAAUUUCUCGACACUUGGCGCUGUUUCGUUUAAAUUGUCUGUAGGGGCCGAUGCCCAGUGUUGUGGGAAUUUCCUCGACGCUUGGCGCUGUUUGGUUUAAAUUGUCUGUAAGAGAUGUCCAGGGUUGUGGAAGUUUCUGUUCCCCAUAUGUUUGUAAACGGAAUUGAACCAUUGUUGUUUUCAAGGGAUGAAACAUCCCCGACUUGACGACCAACGGCUAUAAGGUAUUUGAACUCUGCAUUGUCGUUCAUCUUAUCGCCUUCUCAUAUGCACUUACAAUGUUGAUAAUCGAUACUAUAUGAUUGAAAUUAGAUCACAGUAUUUUCCUGCGUUUAUCUUAGGGAUUUUUUUUUUACACAAUUGCGCCCAAUAUUGGAAAUAAUUUGACAACUUCGUUUCGUUUUGGGGUACAAUUUUUAAAAUUACACGAAAGGAGAUUGCCAGCUGAUUUGGUUAUGUGGCAAUUUAACGCAAUUUCGUUUCGUUUUGGGGUAUAAUAUUUAAAAUUAAACGAAAUGAGAUUGCCAGCUGAUUUGGUUAUAUGGCAAUUUAACACUAAUUUCGUUUCGUUUUUGGGUUAACUGUAAAAUAACAGGGAACAAAAUUUCGUUUCGUUUUGGGGUGAUUGUAAAAUAACAGGGAACAAAAUUUCGUUUCGUUUGGGGGUAAUUGUAAAAUAAAACGGAACAAAAUCAAAAUGGACAUCUGAUUUAAAAAUAUGGUAAUUGUUUAAUUAUAUGGUAAUUUAUGCACACGGUGAUCUUUGUCAUAAUAUCCAUAAUAUUCCUAACCAAACAAGCAUCUGUAUCGACUGAUAUUCAGAACCACAAGAAAUUCAUAUCACUUUUUAUUUUUUGUAUGUACAAAUUCAAACAUUUUUUAUUUAUACACAAGUUUUGUUUUUUUUUAAAUAAAAUAAUUUUAUAUUGUAUAAGUUAAUCGUUAACGGUGGUAAUACAGCAUCUUAUUGGUUAUAUUCGUUUAUAUUUAUGAUAAAAAAAAAUAAUAAAAAUUUGAAAUAAAAACAGUA